UGGGGCUUUUUGUUGCAGGAGCGGUUUGCAUUUGGGGAGUCAAUGCCUCGAUAUGCUCUAUUAAUGCAGUCAUCAAGAUAGCAUCAACAGAGGGCAGAAAUACGACUCCUACUCUGCUUGUGUCGGAGAGUGUUUGGUUGCAAGGAAGUGUAUGCGUGCAUGUGUGUGUGCGUGUGUGAGAGUGUGAGAGAGACACUAAGAAGAAUCCAGUGAUGGCUACCAGUAAAGGUAAAAACCAGAGCUCUCUGGCACUGCACAAGGUGAUAAUGGUGGGCAGUGGAGGCGUGGGGAAGUCAGCCCUCACCUUGCAGUUCAUGUAUGAUGAGUUUGUGGAGGACUAUGAGCCCACCAAGGCUGACAGCUACAGGAAGAAGGUGGUUCUGGAUGGGGAGGAGGUCCAGAUUGACAUCCUGGACACAGCAGGCCAGGAGGACUACGCUGCCAUCAGGGACAACUAUUUUCGCAGCGGGGAGGGCUUCCUACUGGUCUUCUCCAUCACAGAGCAUGAGUCCUUCACUGCCACUGCUGAGUUCAGGGAGCAGAUCUUGCGGGUGAAGGCAGAAGAGGACAAGAUCCCUCUCCUGCUGGUAGGGAACAAGUCAGACCUGGAGGAGCGCCGGCAGGUAUCUGUGGAAGAGGCCCGGGGGAAAGCUGAAGAGUGGGGCGUCCAGUACGUAGAGACAUCAGCCAAAACCAGAGCCAACGUCGACAAGGUAUUCUUUGACCUGAUGCGAGAAGUACGAGGCAAGAAAAUGUCAGAAAACAAAGACAAAAAUGGAAAAGGAAAGAACAAGAAGAACAAGAAGAGUUUCAAAGAGAGAUGCUGUUUACUUUGAACCCUUCAUGGACCUUAACACCCCACAAUACAACUGAAAGUUGGGGGACAAAGCAGAGCGUCCUUGCCAUUGUCAUUCAAAUGAAAUUUAAUCUUUUUUAAUAGCUGGUUAUAGUUUAGUGUCUAGAACAGUCUCAACCACUUUUUUUGCCAUUUUUAAUUGAUGAAAUCUGAGUAGCUGUUUCAUUGGAAGAUAACCACUGUUGUGACUGUGACUUGGACUGCAGUGCUUGAUGGCUCAUAGUAAGCCAAUGACCAAACUGCCACUGACACUAACUCUGCUGCUCAAGACAGUCUCCACUGUUUAACUCAGCGAUUAUACUGCCUUUGACUUUGGUUCAGUGUGUUUUACACCAGAAUUGUUGAGUCUUUGUCGAGUUAACAGUGCUCUUAAUUUCUUUACCUGCUCUUGAACUUACCUGCAUAUUUUUUGUCUUAGUAUAAACCCCUGGAGUCUAUGAUCAUCAUUGUACAAGAACUCUAAUGCUGCUGUCUGACAUAUUUGUAAUCAUUAAUGAUGACAGUGUCCUGUCUGUUGAAGAUGUUGGCCUCAUUCAUCUGUCAAAAUUUGUGUUUGUGUUUUUCUGCGUGUUUUGAAUGGCUGUUGAAAUGGGAACUUUCAAAUGUUUUCAUUUUUGAGGCUGCUUUUACAGUUCUUGUUUUCAGUUUAUACAAUUCUUUGCGAUUUUCUAACUACAGAAGAAUUAUACAGUGCAAUCAGAAGAUUUGUUGCUAAACAGGGUUGUUUUAUUCCAUUACCAGGCCUUACAUGAUGACUACAAUUUAAUCAUGAGAUGCUUAGCAGUUCCUGUGGAGGACUGUCGCUAAGUAAAAUCUUCGGUGACCCUAAUUCACAGAAAAACAAAAAAAAAUUCUGGUAGAUAUUUUAUGUGUAUAGAUAUUUUGAGGCUGUGAAAGGAAGGCAGUAAUGUUGCUAUUGUUAAAUGAGCAGUGACUAAGAGGGGAGAGUAGACCUGGUUUUCUUCAUGGUGCUCUGCCAUGUUCAUGCAAUCUGGCCUUUUCCACUCUCCUCACGGUGCAGAUCACUUCCUGUUUUACAUGACUGUUGAAGUGUGGAGUCUUUGCUGGUUCUAUGCUGUGAGACAGGUGUUGACAAUCCAGGAGGCUGCCGUGCUUCUGGUCCACCAUGCCAUUCUAAUCAGUAGCUGCUUAUUGAUCUGAACAAUUCUGAUGUUCUUUUUUUAUUCCUGGGUCUCUUGAACAAUAUGCACUACAUUGCCAAUACCUAAGAAGUGGACUUCAUGCUGACUGGUGUCACGCUGGAGAUUUUGAAACAAAUUGUGCCAACAAAAUUACAAAAAACUCCAAACUAUGUUUGUGGAUGUACAGUGUGUAUGUUAUUUACCUGAAUGUAUGUGCAUUUACCAGAAAACCCCACCACCUUUCUGUGUGUGUGAGUGAAGCUUUGAUGAGGGUGCCAACUUCUUAACUGUUGUUUAAUCAAGUGCUACAGUGAACAAGAUGUUUCUACCACUGCCUAAACCAUUCUUUAUAACAUGUCCUCCUUUUUUCUUUUACUUCCUACUACUGUGAGUAUGCUUUUAUCUCUCUGAAGUGAGACUGUCGCUGAAUAAAUGCUUUUUUCUUUGUAAA